GGCGAUGAGACAGACUCCCCUCACCUGCUCCGGGCACACCCGCCCUGUGGUGGAUCUGGCCUUCAGCCCCGUCACCCCCUACGGGUUCUUCCUCAUCAGCGCCUGCAAGGAUGGAAAGCCAAUGCUUCGGCAAGGGGACACAGGAGACUGGAUUGGCACAUUUUUGGGGCACAAAGGGGCUGUUUGGGGAGCAACGCUAAACAGGGAUGCUACAAAAGCCGCAACAGCAGCUGCAGAUUUUACUGCGAAAGUGUGGGAUGCAGUGACCGGGGACGAGCUCAUCACUCUGGCUCACAAACACAUUGUGAAAAGUGUGGAUUUCACGGAGGACAGCAAUAACCUUUUGACUGGGGGACAAGAUAAAGUGUUGCGCAUUUAUGACAUGAACAAACCGGAAGCAGAACCCUGGGAGAUCAGCGGUCACACUUCUGCCAUCAAGAAGGCUCUGUGGUACAAUAAUGACAAUCAGAUCCUCUCUGCAUCCGACGAUAAAACUGUACGUCUCUGGGACAGGGUAAGCAUGACCGAGGUGAAGACUCUGCAAUUUGGGGUAUCUGUGAGCAGCAUGGAGUAUAUUCCAGAAGGGGAGGCCCUGCUAAUCACCUAUGGGAGAACUAUAGCUCUCUAUAACGCAUUAAGUCUCAACUUGAUCAAAUCCUUUGAGGCUCCAGCUCCCAUCAACUCUGCAUCUCUUCACCCAGACAAGGAAUGCAUUGUGGCAGGAGGGGACGACUUUAAACUCUAUAAAUAUGACUUCACCACUGGAGAAGAACUCGAGUCCUACAAAGGGCACUUUGGGCCAGUUCACUGUGUGCGUUUCAGCCCAGACGGGGAGCUGUAUGCCAGUGGCUCAGAGGAUGGCACAUUAAGGCUUUGGCAGACGGCUGUGGGCAAGACGUACGGCCUGUGGAAGUGCGUUCUCCCAGAGGAGCUGGUGACGGAGAAUUCGGACGCGCUGUACAACGCCGGGCCGGAGAUCAAGGCUUGAAUCCUCGGACGCUGCUAUAAAUCAUACAGAGCGGGCGUUGAGACGAAGCAAAUGUCAUGGACAGGACGUCUCCAGAGAAUGCCCUCUAUGUGGGGCAGAAAGGGCAGUUUCUUUUGAGAUUCUGAGCUGGAGCAGAUGGGGUGUAAUCUGUGCUGGACAUUUCCUGAGGCUGGAGGAGAACCGGAUUUGUGUUGGUUUUUGCACAACCCCCUUGCUUUACUGUCUGUGAGGAACCUCCAUUCUCUGCCCCAGCCCCUUCCUCUGGUAUCCCCUCCCCCCAUGGGAAACCCAUCCCUCUGGUACUGCCCACCCUCCCUCCCCUCAUGGGAAACCCACCCCUCUCUGGUACCGCCCACCCUCCCUCCCCUCAUGGGAAACCCACCCCUCUCUGGUACCGCCACCCUCCCUCCCCUCAUGGGAAACCCACCCCUCUCUGGUACCGCCACCCUCCCUCCCCUCAUGGGAAACCCAUCCCUCUCUGGUACCGCCACCCUCCCUCCCCUCAUGGGAAACCCAUCCCUCUGGUACCGCCCUCCCCCCAUGGGAAACCCAUCCCUCUCUGGUGCCAGCCAGCUGGGGUAACCCACCCCUCUCUGGUACCGCCCUCCCCUUCCCUCAUGGGAAACCCGUCCCUCCCUGGUGCCAGCCAGUUGGGGUAACCCGACCCUCUCUGGUGCCAGCCAGUUGAGGUAACCCAUCCCUCUCUGGUGCCAGCCAGUUUGGAGGGAGGAGGUUUCUUGUUUUCUUUUCUUUUUAAAGAACCGGGAGUCUGUUUGUUUCUGUUGGGCCUGUAGGUAGGUACCUCCUCAGUGCACAUUGUAUUUUCAGUUCUAUGAAUAAAGUCUGUGUACAUU